UCAAAAUCCCUCCCCUACCUAAGGAACCAUAAACUCCAUUGCAGAAGCUAGAAAAAGCCUAUAAGCCCAGACAACCAGCCCUGUCUCUCUCUUCAUUAUCUGUACGGAAACCCUAAAGUUUCUUCAACUCUCUUCUUUUAAACCCCUUUUUCUUUUCUCUAUCUUGGAAAAAAAAUAUUUCUUCCGUUUAAUAAAUAGUACUACUAGCCUUGAAGAUCCCCGCUGGAGACUUUUAAAGUCGGUCUUAAAUGAGAAAACAACAGCACAUUUGGAUUUCCAGUCCUCUUCAACUCUUCUCCUUCUAGACAUAUUUGAUUCUUGUCGAAUUGGUCUUUAUUUUAUCGCAUCAGAUUCCAUAAUAUUCUCAGCAACAAAGAAGAAAAAAAGAUCAUAUAGAGUUCUUUUUGACUCUAUACAUCGUCCAUUGUAUCUAACCACUUCUAAGUUCUUUUUGACUUAGAAAUUUAAACUUCUCUUCUUUUUUUUUGGUGUAUAGCAUUUUAAGUCUAAUAAAAACCAAUCGUUUUUAUUAAACGUAAAAUGCUCGAGCUAUAUCGUAGCUCAGACGAUCAGCUCAUAAUAUCAGAAGAAGGGAGUGGUAGCAAUACGUAUUAUACAAGUAGUAAAAGUUCAAUGAGUAGCGAUAGCCAUUGCACAAGUUUCAGCCGUCUCUCAUUCGAUCUUCCGUCGAGCAGCUCGCCGGAGGAUCAUCAGCAGCAGCAGCAGCAGCGGCAGAUAUCCCUGAAGCCCCAUCGAUCAUCAGAUUCUUCCUUCCAAGCCCUCCUCCGGUCUGCUGCCUUCAGCAGGCGGCUGAGCUUCAGGGACUUCAGCCUCGUCCGCCAGAUUGGCAGCGGAGAUAUCAGCAGAGUCUAUCUCUGUCGCCUCAGAGGCGGACCUGAGAGGGGACGGCUAUACGCCAUGAAAGUCGUGGAUAAUGAGAUUUUGGCCAUGAAAAAAAAGAUCCAAAGAGCUGAAACCGAAAGAAAGAUCAUGAAAAUGUUGGAUCAUCCAUUUUUACCUACUCUUUAUGCUGAAUUUGAAGCAUCCCAUUUUUCUUGUGUAGUUAUGGAGUACUGUUCAGGUGGUGAUUUGCAUUCUCUUAGACACAAACAGCCUCACAAACGCUUCUCAAUCAGCUCUUCUAGGUUUUAUGCAGCUGAGGUAUUGGUAGCACUAGAAUAUCUACACAUGCUGGGGAUCAUCUACAGGGACUUGAAGCCGGAAAAUGUGUUGGUGAGAUCUGACGGUCAUAUUAUGCUGACGGACUUUGAUCUGUCGCUUUGCUCAGAUGCAAUCCCGGCCGUUGAAUCGCCUGACUUCAUAUCUGACCCGCCGUCAUCACCGUCGCUUGAUAGCCAGCCCCGUACACCGACGCCCUUUUCUUGCAUUUCCAACCGGCUGUUCCGGUCCAGGAAGAUUCAGACCCUUUCGACCAACCGGCUAUUCGUGGCUGAGCCGGUCUCCGCCCGGUCCUGCUCUUUUGUUGGAACCCACGAGUACGUGGCACCUGAGGUGGCAUCCGGUAGGUCCCACGGGAACGCUGUGGACUGGUGGGCCCUCGGGAUUUUUAUCUACGAGAUGAUCUACGGACGCACCCCAUUUGCCGGUCCAUCGAACGAAGCUACACUGAGGAACAUCGUGAAAAAGCCCUUGGCGUUCCCCACUGACGCGCCGAACAGCUUGAGUGAAUACCACGCGCGUAACUUGAUUUCCGGGUUGUUGAACAAGGAUCCGAGUAGGAGGCUCGGAUCCAAACGCGGGGCAGCUGACGUCAAGACCCACCCGUUUUUCAAGGGAUUGAACUUCGCUUUAAUACGGUCGGUGACGCCACCGGGGGUCCCAGGAAUGAGCGGCAAGCAGAAAACGACGACGUCGCGUCACGAAAGGAAACAACCUGCGGCGCCGUUCGAUUUCUUCUGACUGUUGUGAUGUGUGAUGAUGAAGAUGCUAAUUGUUUUGAUCAAUAUUUCACGCUCAGCUGCGGGAUGAUUGCCACGUGGCAGCUGUUCCUUGGCAGAUUUUGGUUGACCUUUGACACAGAAAAUUACUGCAUAGGCUAUGAUGAAUAUGAUAUAUAUAUAUAUAUAAUUACGGGUAGGAAAGAAUUUUGUACAUAUAGGUGAUGACGUUACGAGGCUUUAUAUAUAAUUUAUUGCUCAAGCUUCCACAA